UUUUUGUUCGUCUCUCUGAUCUGCUCAGUUCAAAAUGUUCUCGUUGUUCAGGUCUGGAUCAUUCUGCAGAGUCCUGUGUAGAUCUUCUUCAGCUGGACAAUUUCGUGGGCCUGCAGUCGGCAGUACUGGUGUUGCGUUGGUGAGACAACUCAGCGCCGCAGUCAGGAUGGAUUUCGAGAGCGGACAGCGCGAGAUGACGACUACGGAUGGUGUACGGAUUGUCUAUUACGAUCUUGGCGAGGCCAAGGCCGAGGAAACGAUUAUUCUGGUUCCUGGCGCUCUGGGCUUCUCCCAGUCUGACUACGAGCCACAAAUAACCGAGCUGAGUAAGGAUUUCCGUGUCCUGGCCAUGGAUCCGCGCGGACAGGGGAAGUCAAGACCGCCGGAGCGAGAUUUCCCCCAGGAUUUCUUGCGUCGUGAAGCCAGCGAUGCUGCCCAGGUGGUGGAGGCGGCGGGUGCGGCCGCGGGCAAGGUGAACGUACUGGGCUGGAGCGACGGCGCGAACAUCGGCGCGAUUAUGGCGGCGCAGCGGCCCGACCUGGUCAAGCGUCUGGUGAUGUGGGGCGGCAAUGCCUACAUUACCCAGGAGGACGUCGACCUGUACAACGCUGCGGCGGACACGUCCACAUGGAGUCCUCGCAUGGCCGAGCCGUUCGUCAAGGUCUACGGUGCCGACGGGCUGCAGAAGAUGUGGACCGACUGGCUGAAGGCGAUGCAGGAACUGCUGGAUGCCGGUGGUGAUAUCUGCCGGGAAGAUGCCAAAAAGGUAACGUGUCCAACAUUGCUCCUGCAUGGUGACAAGGAUGGAUUUGUGCCGGGUUUCCACGCUGAGUUCUAUCGUAAGACCAUUCCAGCACCUCUGCAGUACAAGAACUUCCCAGAUGGCAAGCACAACAUUCACCUGCGCUAUGCACAGGAGUUCAACGAGAUUGUACGCCGCUUCCUGCGCGGAGAGGUGGUCGGCGAGACGUCACACUAGACACACACACACACGUCCUGGUCUGCAGUCCAUGUAACUUACUAGCAUCCAGUGUACGAUUGUGUUGACGCGUGGACAACUGCAGCCUGAACAAUGUUGUGUGAGUACGAUGCCUGCCUACUGUCAUACCACCUAGAAGCACAAACGUGCUCUAAACUCUACUCUAGGGUAUCCACAUGUCGAGGCGCUUUUCAUAAUCGUCUGAGUACUGCAGCUUCGUCGUUUCUCGGUUAUCUGUAUUCCACGUCCUGGAAUUCUGUCUUAGCUACGUUUAUAGCCGCGAUCUAGCUAGUAAUCUCUCUUGUUUGCUUCGUUCCGCUCGCUGCAUGUGUAUGUGCGGUGAGCUUGCAAACCCAUCAGUGGCAGCCACUUUUGAUCAGGGCUGAUUCUGGGUACCGAUUCAGCUCAAUAGGUAUACAGUAGUUGCGCAGCACGGCAUGUUCGGAUUGUGCCUUGCUGUUGCAAGCAUCGGUUUACCUGCUCUCUGUGCUGGUGUUAAGCUGGCGGUCCAGAGGUCGCCUUGUGAGCAGCGCCUGCAAACUGCGGCUUGAUUCCGGCGUGCCAACUUUCACCUGGCUGCACUGUGCCUGCCUGUCGUGUUGUUUGCUGCCGCCAGCUUACUCCAGAGUAUGUUUAUCUUGUCUGCUCCCACUACUGGGCGUUCUCUGUUUAGAUCCACUGCUGUAGUGUGGUGCGUCGCACUGGUGCAGCGUAGUGCUGCGCUGGUACAGCCUUGCAUUGCACUGCUGUAGCAUUGUGCCCCAUUGCUGUAGCGAUGUGUUGCACUUCUGUAGCGUCGUGUUGCGUUGUUGUAGCGAUGCGUUGCACUGCUGUAGCGAUGUGUUGCACUGCUGUAGUGAUGUGUAGCAUUUGCUGCAGCGAUGUGUUGCAUUGCUGUAGCGAUGUGUAGCACUGCUGUAGCGUUGUGUUGCGUUGUUGUAGCGCUGUGUCCCAUUGCUGUGCAUUUUGUCGUGUAGUUGUCAAUAAUUAUUAUCUGUGAAAGUGUUCCCAAUGUCAAAAAUCAUGGCCACCACUUUCAUUUUCUUCCGUCACUUCUAUAUUUCAGUGACCCGUUUAGUUGCUAGCAAAUUUUUAACCUCUUCUAACAAAUUUAUCACUUCAAUUUGGCCCUCGUUUCAUCACGUUUAUUCUUGACUAUUCCUAUAUCUCACUUCCGAAGUUUCUUUGUGCUUCACUUGUUUCUUUCUUCCAUCAGAUUUCUGAUAUGCAUGCCCUGGGA